AAACCAGUCUUACAAAGUUAAAUUGCAAGUCUUGAAGUCAACUUAUAUCAUGGGACUCACAUGGUCUGCCGUAACCCUACUGUUAUGCUUGACGUUUUGCAGUGGAAGUCAGUCAUGGCCAGAGCUCAAUCCUGACCUUCAGCAGUACCAGGACUUAACAAAGUGCUUCCCUCUUCCGGAGAGUUGGCACACAAUCUACAGGAAUUAUGAGUCUGACCCAGUCUUCGGUGGAACAAGCAAGUGCGUCAAGUACUCGGAAGACGGACCACCCGUAAAUGGUGCCUAUCCUCUUCGUUUCGAUUUCGGAAGCCAGUCUGCUACGGCAAGCGCGACCCUUGAGUCGGCUCCUGGAUAUACGGGCAAAAACUUACUGAGCCUUACUCCUGCAGGUGGAAGUUCAACACUGAAGGUAUACGCCGCAUAUGUGGAGUGCGAGCAGUGCGCCGUUCUUAGGAACACCUACGUCAGCGAUACGGCGUGUGCUCUACUUGUGCCUGAGUCUGAGUUGAACAAGAACACCACCUGCUGUGAUUUUAUUUUUGACCUGCUUUGUGGUACAACGCAGAAGUACUACAUCUACGAUGCAAGUUGCUAG